AUGGAGGACUUCAAGGUAGCGACGGAUCAGAUGAGCUGGGUUUGGAAACAUUCCUUGGAGAGUUCCAAAAGCGGAAAAUGCAUGAAAUGCUUCAGGAGCUCAAGAUGCCUGAAGUUCAGAGCGUCGCGACACACGAAGCUUGAGUCUUACGUCAAAGACUUCGGAAGUGACAUAAUUUCUACGGACGGAGUAGUUCUCCUCUGCCGAGUUUGCGAGAAAGAGAUCCGCGUCGAUAAGAAGUUCCAAGUGACUCAACAUCUUAAUGGCCUGCAGCAUAAGUCUGCCGAACAGAGGAAGCUCGAAUUGAACUCAACUGAGAAGUUUUUGCGGAAUUACUGUAAGCAACCGGUUCCAUCCUCGGCUACUCUGCGGAGAGGCUAUCUUAAGAGCAUCUAUGAAAGCAAGGUAGACUUCAUCAGGACAAGUGUGGCCGAUGAACCCAUCUGGAUUUCGAUGGAUGAAACUACCGAUUCCAUGGGCCGAUUCGUCGCUCACACAAUUGUCGGGACGCUGGAAACUUCACUGAGCAAGAGCUUCCUCUUGAAUGCGGAAUGUCUCGAAAAGACGAACAGCACGACAAUUUCACAAGCCUUCAUGAACUCGCUUUCUCUACUGUGGCCGGACGGCGUCAGACACGCCAAGGUAUUGCUUUUCGUUACUGACGGCGCCGCUUACAUGCGAAAAGCAGGCUCGGUCCUGCAAGUAUUGUUUUCGAAAAUGCUUCAUCUAACGUGCGCAGCGCACGCUGUGCAUCGCAUAGCAGAAGAAAUCAGAUCAAAGUUCCCUGAUGUCGAUGAACUCAUUUCCAAUGGAAAAAAGAUUUUCCUCAAGUCCGCCGCGAGAGUGACGGUGUUCCGCGAAAUCGCCACCGGAGUCCCGUUGCCCCCGCAGCCUAUACUGACGCGAUGGGGGACGUGGCUGAAUGCCGCGAAAUAUUACGCCGAGCAUUUCGUUCCGUUCUCGAAUGUUGUCCAUGCUCUGGACGCGAACGAUGCCGCGAGCAUAAGAGAAGCUCUAGAUCUGCUGAAGAGGCCUGCAGUGAAGGAGGACCUCGCUUUCCUCAGAGCAUUCUUCGACUGCGUCCCAAGAGCGAUAGAGAAAUCGGAAACAACAGGAGCUCCGCUCACAGAGAGCAUCAACGUCUUCGAAACGCUACUCGAAGAGUUGCGGAAAACUCCGGGCGACAUAGGCGAAUGCGUCCGCAAAAAGUGCGCAGCAAUCGUAGCUCGUAAUUGUGGCUACGGAGUCCUGAAGAAGGUUUCGAACGUUCUACGUGGGGACAACACUCAGGAUGGCCCCGUUGGUUGGGAUCCAUAA